UGAUUCCCCAUAUAAACAUCGCGAAAGAGUGAGGCUGUCGACGCCGAUCCCUGCUAGUCAGCGAGUGGAACCUAGCGAUACCUACCUAGUGGUAGCCCAAAUAUCGUGCUCCAUCGUUAACACUCCACAUCAGUUUCACAGGAAACCAUCAUUCCAGCAACAAUGUCCAAGUUGUUCAUUGGCGGACUCGCGUGGCACACUGAAGAUGCCACUCUACGGCAGAAGUUCGAAGAAUUCGGCCCAGUCGAAGAAGCGGUUGUCGUCAAAGAUCGCGAUACGGGCCGCAGUAGGGGCUUUGGAUUUGUUCGAUAUGUGAACGAGGCGGAUGCGCAGAACGCAAUUACCAGCAUGAACAAUAUUGAAUUCGAUGGACGGACUAUUCGUGUCGACAAGGCAUCUGAUACCGGCCCUCGAAGUGGUGGUUCCGGUGGCCGGGGUGGCACGUACCCGCCAAGAGGUGGGUAUGGACAGCCUCAAAUGCCAUAUGCCGCUGGGCAACCGAUCCCAUACGGGAUGCCGAAUCCUGCGAUGUAUCAACCAGUGGCUUACGGACGCGGAGGAUACCCGCCGCAGGCGGCCUACGGGACACCCCCGCCUCAAGGAUACGCGCCUUACGGCUACCCAGACCAGCAGCAAGGGGGCCAACAAGCCCCCAACCCGCAGCAGCAGCCGCCGUACCAGGGGCAGCCACCGUACUAAAGACAGAAUACCCUGAAGGCAUCCAGAAAGCCAACAGAUGGCCGCAAGGUGUUGGCGCACCCCCAAAGUCAAAAGGGGAUGGCUUCAUCGGCAAUCUACCCAACGAUAUCGACCUCAGGCGGCCAGCCCCGGUUUAGCACGGCCAUGCCCUUGCUGUAUCACGCCGCCGCCUUCUCCCCCCAGUCAACGGCCCGGCCGCCUUGUUAUCUGUAUC